AUGAUAGCUGCACAUUCGACGGAAAUACACAACACCGACAGUAUAGAAGCGCGUGUCACAGAGCACUUCACCUACUUACACGGUAUUCUUCAGAAUUUGGAAAGAAAAAUUCUAGAUUCGUUGCAGGAGCAUCGAAGCUCGCACAUGAAGAACAUAGACGACGUUUUCACUCAACUGAAAGAACAUGAGUAUCAGUUGCAGACUGCACGCGUGGUAAUAACAUCUAUCUCGGAGAAUCUCGACAAGAUAAACCUUCAGCAGGUGAUGCCGAAAUUGAAGAAGUUGAUUGACAUUCCUUGCCAUGUAGUAUUAAAUUCCACUCCAGACAACGAAGAAAUCAGAUUCAACGUAGACCUGAAUAUUAUCGAAGCCAUUGAAAAGCACUGCAACAUACACAUACCCAAAACGUCAAACUUUAGCUUGCAACCAACAGAAUUGCUGCCGGACGAUUACGAGAUCGAGCCGCUGAUUAAGGAGAACAUUCCAAAAUCUAACGUCAUAUCUAGAGAGAUGAUAAAUUCCUCGUUGACUUUGGUGUCUCUUCCUCCCACAAAGACUGACAAUUUUCUCUGCAUUGGAUCUUCAAAGAUGGUCCGUGUCAGCCACGUCGUAGAUCCCUCUUGCUUUUAUGUUCAAUUGGUACAAAAUCAACAGAAAAUAUUAGAGCUUAGCAAAAACCUGACAUUACUAGCCAAUAGCUCAAGCAUUAUACCAACCGAAAUCACUUUCAAUGCACUGUAUGUCGUGAAAUACUCCAAAGACAAUGCUUGGUACCGAGGACGCGUUACAAGCGAAAACAUAAAUUUGAAUAGGGACGUAACAUACAACGUGGUGUUCAUUGAUUACGGGAUGAAAGAGGAGGACGUACCAUUAACAAGAAUAAGAAAUAUUGUCCCGCAAUUUGCGAUGUUACCAGUGAUGGCCCUUAGAUGUACAUUGUACGACAUCGUCCCGAAAAAAACUCAGUGGCAACCCGAGGCUAUUGAAGCUUUUAAGAAACUGAUUUGCAUAAACGCGAUGGUUUCGAUAUGCAUCAUGAUGAUAACCGGCGAUACCUAUUACGUGGAUCUAUGCGUGAUAUCUUCGAAAGACUCGGGUUUAAUAUCCGUGAAAGAGUCGUUAACGUACAUGAAAUACGCAACUUGCAUUUCGACGAACAAAUUAAAGAGAACGAAUCCUGAUUCGAUGAGGAAGUAUUACAAGGAACAGUUGGACAUUAAAGAUGAAACGGCCGUUCAAAUUCUGUUCGUGGAAUCUCCUAGUUCCAUAUACGUUCAAAAAAGGCACGCAAAUAGAUCGCAUUUCACAAAAAUGACACUUCAGAUGACGGAAGAAUACGAGCAGAACUUGUAUUCUACUGAAUUGAUUCCUAUUCCGUACAAACACUUACCAUGCGCUGCACGAGGUGUAGAUGGAUUAUGGCACAGAGGCAUAAUAGACGGAGUCACAGAAAAUAAUAUAAAGGUUUUCUACGUAGAUCUUGGAUACACAUUAAUGUUAAAUUAUGAUGCUGCACGCGUUUUAUCUCCAAAGUAUAUGAGUUACAGAGCUCAAGCGAUAAAGGUUUCGUUAAAAAAUAUAAAGCCACAUACUGGUUACGAGAACCAGUGGGAUCCAGAAGCGAAACAGUUUUUAAAGAAAUUUCUGCUGAAAACGAAAAAUUUUAAAGUUGUAGCUUUUGAUAUAAUCGGAGAAACGUAUAACGUUAGUAUGUAUACGUACGAUGAAAUUGACGUGGGUAAUUUAUUAAUAUCUUAUGGUUUCGCAUUGACCAAAAUUGGUCCAGGUUCCUACGACGGAAACACCAACAAGAAAUCCGGUAAGAGGAAAAAUAAAUUUAAAAAGAAUAUUAGCAGUACUCACUUCAGUGGUGAACUUUACGAUGAUCCAGUAAUCUCGAACAUGAAGAAAAAAAGUAUAGAGGAAAGUGAAGAUCCUUUCAAGAUAUGCGUUUUGAUACAUCAAGUCCGCUCUCCAGACUGUAUUUACGUCUCUGACGUAACGUGUCAAACUAAUAUGAAACAAAUGACACAACAAAUGCAAGAUUUUUAUAGCAAGUACUAUUCAGCGAAAAAGAAUAUUUGGAGCCAAAAUGACACCUGUGCAGUUUAUUCUGCGAAAAACGACAUGUAUUAUCGUGGACACAUUGUCGACAUUAAAUCCCCAGAUAAAGUAAUUGUAUUCCUAUACGACAUCGGAGUCGAAGAAACUGUAACAAUGAAUGACAUACAGGCAUUGUGUUCUACAUUUUUCAAAAUACCGAAAUACGUAUUUAAAAUCAAACUGAGUGGUAUACUGCCGUGCGGGGGGACCACGACAUGGCCAACGUUAUCUUGCGAGAAGUUGCAUGAAAUUAUAAACAACAAUCACGGUAGCAAAUUUUACAUAUCUAAACUGGAAGAAGAACAAAUUGAAGAUUCUACAAUACAGGUUGAAUUAUGGCUUAAACAAGUAAAAAUGGACGGACCGUUAGACCCGACGAGGCACGAAAUUAACUCUGUCAAUAGAAUAUUAGUUGAAAAAGGUGUUGCUUUGCCUAUAAAAGAAUAUUCAAAGAAACGGGAUCGAAUUCUGGCUAUUGAAUUGAAACGACAAUUAGCGAAGAGAUUGGAAUUGUUAGCAAAAUGCGAACCGAACGUGAAAUGGUUUCAAAUUAACACCAAUCUAGAAGAUUCCGUAUUACCAUUAAACUCUGAAGCCGGUGGCCAAGAUUACAAUAUGGAGGAAGAGAUUCUAGAAAACAUUCCAUCGAUUGGACAAUUGUCAACUUGGUUACCAGCAAAGCCCAUAAUAAAGGAUGCAUUUAUUGCCAUACCAACAUUUUUGGAUGAUAAUUGUUUCUUAUAUCUCCAUUCCAAAAACGAAGGUGCCGAAACAUUGCAACACAUAGAAACAAACCUACAAAAAUUAUAUAAUAAUUCUCCCAUUGAAUCAUGCAACACCGUUUGGAUUGAAGGAGAUAUAUGCAUUGCACAAUAUCAUACCAAUAAGAAAUGGUAUCGGGGAAAAGUAAUGAAAAUUCAAGAAAACGAUAUAAUCGAUGUGGAAUUUGUAGACUACGGGAACGUCGAAAAGUGUUUAAGUGGAACCUUAAAAAAAAAAAUUGCUUUGCAGGAUAUUCCAAUUCAAUGUACAAAAUGUUUAAUCUACGGUUUAAAUUCGGGAAAUGAGAAUGGAGUAUGGAUAACAGAAGACUUAGAUAAAAUACAUGGUCUUUUAGUAGAUCACGAAUGUGAAGUGACGGUCAUAGAUAGGACUAAAACACAUCUUAUUAUUUCUUUAAGGAUAUUACCAAAUAAAUACUGCAGACAGAAAAGCGAUUUAAUUACAUUUCUUAUUGACGAAUGGAAAAUGAAUAUUAAUCCUACUAUGGACACUACCAUAUCAGAAAACAGUUUAUCUUCAACGGUAACGCCAGAUGUUGUAGAAAACAUAAGAUCGUUCUAUUCAGACGACAAGAGAGUGACGGAUGAUGUUGUCAGUGGACAUUCUAUACUAUCACAUAUUGAUGCUGUAAAUAAAGAUGAAAGUUAUAGUACAACUGAUAUUGAGAACCUAUCGUGGAUUAAUGUAAAGGACGAAGCAGUUACUUCGACCCCUCACGUUGUUUCUGAAGAAAAUCUUUCAAUAAAGUAUAAGCUGGCAAAUAUACCAGAAGAUGUAGACUACAUUGAAAUAGAAUUGUGUUGCAGUAUUAGUCCAACUGAGUUUUAUGCUCAUUUAAAAGAAAAUAUACACUCAAUGGAUUUGCAUAUGAAUUAUACACAGUAUGAACAUUUAAUGAAGGAUUUACAAGAAAAUGCAUACAAACAAUCAUUGAUUACAAACCUUAAUCCCAAUACCCCAUGUUGUGCAAAAUUCAAUGAUAACCUUUGGUAUCGUUGUCUAAUAGUAGAAUCUGAACCGAUUAAAGAUUCAGAUGAUAUUGAAAUUAAAUUAUUUUACGUGGAUUACGGUAAUGAUGAAUAUAGAACAGUAAAUUCUCAGCAGUGUGAAUUAUAUACCUUAAAAAAGGAAUGGAUAGAUAUACCAACUAUGGCAAUGAAGUGUAAAUUAUGGAAUAUAAAAGUUUCCUCUACGGUAGAUUACAAUACAUUAUUGCCUUAUUUAGAAAAAAUGUACGAUAAAUGCGUUAUAGCUAUAGUCAAAGACACAAACGAAGAAUUUUUGAGCAUUGAAUUAUACAAUGAAAAAGAGUGUAAAACUCUUAUGUAUAAUGCACUUAUUGAGAAAGGUUUAUUUCAAACAGAAUUAACAGACUGA